UGAAGGCGUAUUUGGAGGGAUAACGCUAACACGCUCGGCCACCGUGGGAGAAAAGACACCGAGCCUCUGCUGCUGCGGCUGCUGCCACAGUGACACUCACAGCUCACCGACUGGCUGAACCAGAGGGACUGUCCUCCCGUCUCUGAGGCGUAAAUGGCCACAACAUUUCCCCAAAGAAGACGCUUUGCCGAGAGACAACCUGUGCACCGGAUGCGUCCUGGAAAUUAAGACGCGUUUUUUUUUUUUGCUGUGAAUUUGACCAUUUUUCUGCACAACGGGAGUUUUUGUCAGCUUUUGAUUUGGAGGGGAUCUUGAUCGAUAGACUGCAAUCAUGGACGAGGAUAACCAAGUACCUGAGGAUCUGUCUUUGGAGGAGAGAGAUGAGCUGUCGAACAUACGGCGCAGGAAAAAAGAGCUGCUGGAUGAUAUUGAACGGCUGAAGUUUGAAAUUGCAGAAGUCAUGACUGAAAUCGAGCAGCUUACGUGUGUAGGAGAGAGCAAAACAACACAAAGAAACAAACAGAUUGCCAUGGGGAGGAAAAAGUUCAACAUGGACCCAAAAAAGGGGAUCCAGUUUCUACUAGAGAACGAUCUUCUCCAGAACACCCCAGAGGACAUCGCUCAGUUCCUCUACAAAGGCGAAGGGCUCAACAAAACGGUCAUUGGGGACUACUUAGGGGAACGGGAUGACUUUAACAUCAAAGUCCUCCAGGCGUUUGUGGAGCUUCAUGAGUUUGCUGACCUCAACCUCGUACAAGCCUUAAGGCAGUUUUUGUGGAGCUUCAGACUUCCUGGCGAGGCCCAGAAGAUUGAUCGUAUGAUGGAGGCCUUUGCCUCCAGGUACUGCCAAUGCAAUCCCGGCGUCUUCCAGUCCACAGAUACCUGCUAUGUCUUAUCCUUUGCCAUCAUUAUGCUGAACACGAGUCUGCACAAUCCCAACGUCAGAGACAAGCCCCCUGUGGAGCGCUUCAUCUCCAUGAACAGAGGGAUCAAUGAGGGGGGAGACCUCCCCGAGGAGCUACUCAGGAAUCUAUACGACAGCAUCAAGAGCGAACCCUUUAAGAUCCCAGAGGAUGAUGGGAACGACCUGACGCACACGUUCUUCAACCCAGACAGAGAAGGCUGGCUGCUGAAAUUAGGGGGACGAGUGAAAACCUGGAAGAGGAGGUGGUUCAUCCUGACCGACAACUGCCUCUACUACUUUGAAUACACGACGGACAAGGAGCCUCGUGGGAUCAUCCCUCUGGAGAAUCUCAGCAUCAGGGAGGUGGAGGAGCCCAGGAAACCUAACUGUUUUGAGCUCUAUAACCCCAAUCACAAAGGUCAGGUGAUCAAAGCCUGUAAGACGGAGGCAGAUGGUCGCGUUGUUGAGGGAAAUCACGUGGUGUACAGGAUAUCAGCGCCGACGCCGGAGGAGAAAGAGGAGUGGAUUAAAUCAAUAAAGGCAAGCAUCAGCAGAGACCCCUUCUACGACAUGCUAGCCACCAGGAAGAGACGCAUCGCCAACAAGAAGUGAAGAGGGACUAUCUCCUCAUCCUCCAGCCCCUCCAUCUCUCCCUCCCUCAGCUCAUGAACACACCAUGUUUCUGUUUGACCACAGAAAAGACUGUCAACCCCAGAAAAGACUUCAGACCUCAGAUCUUUGCAGGACUGUUCUCAAGUCAUGUGCACUCACUGGGGAGAUGCUUCAGCGUGGACGGCGUAGCUUCAUGAAGCUCAAAUAUGAGGACUUGCAUGGAGCGAAACAUGAACUGGUUUGUUUUUCUACCAUCUCAUACACAGCCCCUACCUCCCCGACUCAUCGUCAUAACAUGUUUCUAGCUCUUUUUAAAGCACAACUGCCAUGUUUCAGGUGCACAUGCAUGCAUGUGGGUUACUAUAGACCAAUAUGUUUGUGUUUGUAUGUGUGUGUAUGCAGCAGUGUGCAUGCUAUCAGUGCACACAGCAUCUACAGUAUGGGUGCAUAGCGUUUCCUCCACUGUGCUUUAAAGAAAAUCGUUCAAAAUCAGAGUUCAGAUGUACGCUCAGCUGUGAUGGGACUCCUCACCUGGACGACGUCGACAUCUCACUCUGGUGCUGAAUUCUUCUCUCCAGGUGCCACAGCUGAAGCCCCGCUCAGAGUAACCUCAGAAAUCAGCGCCGGCUUACACUUAGGUUCCUAAAGAAGCAUUACAGUCUGGAGUCAGCUGGGCUGAUUUCAUUUAUUUGUGUGGAGCAGAGAACUUUUGAAAUGUGCAUACUUUUUUGUUUAAGUUGUGUAGAAAAGGAGCUCUGGCAAAGGCCUGAGAUGAAACUUGCUCUUUGGACUUUAACUUGUAAUCCUUAAGAUUUCAUAUACCGGUGGUUUUAAAACAAAAACUGUUGCAAACAACUCCUAAGUCGUAUGAACCUGUAUGAACUGAAUCUACAACAACUGGAUUCUUUCCCAUCUAGGCUGAUCAACUUCAUUUCAUUUUGAUGAAAAAGUCAGGAAUAAUUAGUUGCAAAAUUGUCUCUUUUUGUGCUGCGGACAGGCAACACAGCUGCAAAGUUACAGGUAUGUUAGUAGAGGACGCCGUCCUAACCCUACCUACAAAGAGAAUGACGGCCCUGAACUGAUACGAUUUUUAAAAAUAUUGAAAUAUUUCUAUAAUUCUAUCAAAGACUAAGUUUUAGUGUUUUUAAAGUGUAUUCUGUAAUAACUAUGUAUAUCAAUGACACUUUAAAGUUACUGACUGGUCAGUUGCAAGUCUUGGGUGCAAAACUUUUGCACUCAGGGCCUCCAUUGAGUCCCAUUUAAAGUUUUAUGUUUGCAUUGAGUCCUAUUGAGUCAAGAGAUAAAAGCUUCUCUGCAACCACAGAGUGGUGCCACUGGUUUCUGAAGCAAACUUUCGAAACCCAAAACCAGCAUUGACCAUAUUGGAAUACUUCCUCAUAGUAACUUUUGUUCAGCUCAUUAGCCUUACCCUCAAAUUCCACAUACUCUGUGCAGCAUUCAGAACACGCUGUGAUCUCUGGAGCAGAUCGUCCCCGGUAGGUAAACCUUUGUAAUUCCACAGCAUGUGUUGCGAAACUGCUCUGCACUGCUGAGAUAUGCACCCAGUCUAUUUUCAACAAAGCAGAUUGACUCAGAAGGGAACAAGAAUUUGGUUGGACAGUUUGGGCAAAUUCAAAAUACAACACAAUGUAUGGACUUCCAAUUAUAAAUGUCAUCAGUAUAUCAACAUGUCAUCAAAUGUACUGGCACAGACCACAGCCUGUUAGUGGGUUAAGAUGGGCAUACACCGUGAUUUCAAGCUGACUCUGACAGUCGUGACGUAACGUCAGCUCAUACUGUACGACUGUAUUACGCACCUGAUGUAAUUGUUGACACUACAUGGUACAAUGGGCAUGCAUGGCCUGAGUGCUCAGAGUGAAUGAGUGGAAUAGUGUUUGGAUGGUGAUUUUGGACUUGUCUGACAGUUCAGAAAGGAAAAAUGCCUCAAAGUUGAGGAUUCUGCUCAUGGCUCUUCUCUCACUGCAGAGCCAUACGACCAAAAUAUCAAACAUUUCAACAUUUGUAAACUCCAUCCAUCUAGUCAGGAGCAGCUUGUCAGUCCGUGUUAGGGUUGUGGUCAGACAUCAUAUCCUUCUGUACACUGCAUGACAAACUAUCAGACUGAAAUUCAAAAUUCAUGUGUGAAUCUGAUUAAAAUUGCACAGUCUAUGCCCAGCUUUAGAGGUCACAAAGAUGAUAGGAAGCUAUGGGCGAAAAGAAGGUAAUUUUGGAUGUGUUAUUCUAUAGGAUUUUAUUUGACACCAUGUCCUGAUAAUGAUAACAUAAACCUUCAGAUUUCUAAAUGUACUUGCCCAAAGCAGUCAAAGAAAAAAAAAAAAAAAAAAAAAAAAAAAAAAUCACAGAAUCUCAUGCAAUUAUGGAUCCAGUUUGUACACCACUGGUUGGAGCAAAGCCACAGUGCACAUGGUACGCUGCAGGAGUAGAGUUAACAAAUAACAGGGAAGAAGCUGGGGCUGAGGUGGGUCUUAAACUUCUGUACAAACAGCUGCAACGUGCCAGCCUGUGAGACAAAUCAGCCACACCCUAGUCGUGUAAAACUGUGAUUCCUCAUUAAAUCAGAGCGGAUGAUAUGUGCAAGAAGUCAAGCUACUAAAAUGAGCGUUUGAGACUGAAUUCAAUCCUCCAAACUGAGCUAUCAAACCUUGCACUUUUGAAUGGGUGUGUAUGUGACUUUAGCACUUUUGCAUCCAGCCUCAAGUGGACAGUGAAGGAACUGCAGGCUUUGCACUUUUGCAUCAGCGUUUUGAGGUUGCUGCAUGCACCUCAGAAGCAUCACACACUAUCCAGCAGGUGGCAGCAGAGAGAUAUUUAUCAUAUAUUGAGAUAUAAAUUGCAGGGCAUGCUCUAUUUAUUAAAAAAGGGGGCACUUCUAGAGAAAAAUAACUGGCUAUUGAUUGUUUUGCAUUUAAAACCCCAUUGCGCAUCAGUGCUAUUAAGAUAAGAUACUGGGUUUAACAAUAAUUGCUCUACUGUAGCUUUAGAGGGAUGAAACAUGAGCUUUGAAGCUGAUAUCUGAAACAAUUAACAGUAAACUGACCCUUAAACUGUCUUAUUUAUGUGCAAUUUCACAUAGCAUUACUACUACAUAUCUAAAUCUAUUAUUAGGGAGAUAUUAACACAAGAAUGUGCUUUAUCAGAUUUAUCUUAAGGAUUAUAUCUUAGUAAAGUCUUUCGUGCAGGUUUUUCUAAUUGGCCGUGCAUCGGCCCGUUAGGGUACCAGUCCUAUUAAGCUUUCAGUUUCUCGUCCAUGACCGACAGUAUGUGAGUGAAGGUCAAUGUGUUGUUGUGAUCCUGUUUUGCAUUUGGUUUGUAAUCCUAAAAAACCCUUGCUUGCUUUUUUGUGUUCCUCUUUAAAAGUGUAUGAAUAUAACCAACUUCUCAUUUUUGUAUUUAUUUUUAUUUGUGAAAUGGUUUAAUACUUCCUGUAAAUGUUCAACGAUGUAUGCUUAAGUUAUGUAUGUGUAUAUAUAAUGUAUAGGUUUCUGGUCUCUUUGUUGUAGUAUGCACACUCUGUGUAACAUGUUUGAGCAGAAGUUUGCAUCAGCUGACGUUUGGGGUCUUCUUUAUGAAAAAAAAAAGCCUUAAACAUAAUCAUAAAAAGCAGAUGAUGAUGAUGAUAGAGGUCGAUUACUGUGAUGAUUCUGUUUAAAAGCCAUGACUAGUGAGAGAGGUUGUAUUUUCAAUGAUGAUGAAAAUUAUGAGGAUGUUUGAUGUUAAUGAUGAUCAUAGUGAAGUUAUAUCAGUGAUGAUGAUGAUGAUGAUGAUGCUAUCAGUAAUGAUGAUGUCAAAAAACUAUGAAACCCGUAGUUUUCUAUGUGAUUUUAAAAAUGAGAAGCCUUGUUGUGGUCAGGGCUGAUAUUAUCUUGUACGGCCCUGCAGGGCUCAUAUUAACUUUUAUAUUCUCUGUAAAGCUAUCGGUCACGUUGUACAUUACGUGUAUCUAUAUAAAGUACUUAUAAAGCGUA